AUGGAGGUGGAGUGCACCAAUAUGGACACCACUGCCUUCUAUGAGAAGGAAGACGACAAGAACACAGCAUUCACCUGGGAGGUGAGGGCCAAUAACCAUGCCUUCCACGCCACAUCCACCGAGAAGCGCUUCCUGUGCUGGAGGAAGAAGAAGUACAAUACCAAUAAGAUCUGCACAGCCAAGUACAACGUCUUCACCUUCCUGCCGCUGAACCUGUAUGAGCAGUUCCAUCGAGCAUCCAACAUCUACUUCCUCAUUAUCAUCAUCCUGCAGAGCAUUCCUGAGAUCUCCACUCUGCCCUGGUUCACCCUCUUUGCCCCACUGGUCUGUCUCCUCUUCAUCCGGGCCAUUCGAGAUCUAGUGGAUGACAUCGGACGGCACAGAAGCGACCGUGCCAUCAACAACAGGCCUUGCCAGAUCUUGAGAAGGAAGAGGUUCAAGUGGAAGAAGUGGGAGGACAUCUGCGUGGGGGAUGUGGUGUGCCUCAAGAAGGACAGCAUCGUCCCAGCCGACCUGCUCUUGCUGGUAAGCACGGAGCCCAGCAGCUUGUGUUACGUGGAAACAGCUGACAUCGAUGGGGAGACGAAUUUGAAGUUCAAACAGGCUCUGACAGUCACCCACCAGGAACUGACCAGCUCCAAAAAUAUGGAGUCCUUCCAGGGCACUGUGCUGUGUGAGGAGCCCAACAGCCGGAUGCAUCACUUUGUGGGAAGCCUGGAAUGGAACAAGAAGACAUAUUCGCUGGACAUCGGCAACAUGCUCCUGCGGGGCUAUAAGAUCCGCAAUGUGGAAGCCUGCUAUGGCCUGGUCAUUUAUGCCGGUGUUGACACAAAGAUCAUGAAGAACUGUGGUAAAAUCCAUUUGAAAAGGACCAAGGUCGACCUCUUCAUGAACAAGCUGGUGGCCAUGAUCUUCCUGUCCCUGGUGAUUAUCUCCUUGCUUUUGACCCUGGGCUUCAGUUUCAACAUCAAAGAUUUCAAAUGGAAGCACUACUAUGUGUCUGCCAACCACCUGAAGUCUGAGAUAGCGGAGUGCUUCUUAAUCUUCUGGAGUUUCCUCAUCCUGCUCAGUACCAUGGUCCCCAUGGCUUUAUUUAUCAUGGCCGAGUUCGUCUACCUGGGGAACAGCCUUUUCAUCGACUGGGACAUGCAGAUGUACUACGAGCCGAGGGACGCAACCGCCAAGGCACGCAACACCAGCCUCGCGGACCAACUGGGCCAGGUGCAGUACAUCUUCUCAGACAAGACCGGCACGCUCACGCAGAACAUCAUGACCUUCAAAAAGUGUUGCAUCAACGGCCAGGUCUACGGCCCAGAUGAUGAGGAGACACCCAGACAGGAGAAUCCCUAUCUGUGGAAUGAAUUUGCGGACGGCAAGUUCCUUUUCUAUGACAAGAAGCUCUUACACGUGGUCCGGCACAAGAAGGACAGGGUGGUGCAGGAGUUCUGGCGCCUGCUGGCCAUCUGCCACACUGUAAUGGUCCAGGAAGAAAACGAUCAGCCAUUGUACCAGGCAGCCUCUCCCGAUGAGGAGGCGCUGGUCACCGCGGCCCGGAACUUCGGCUAUGUGUUCAGAUCCCGCACCCAGGACUCCAUCACGGUGAUGGAGAUGGGGGAGGAGCGCAUCUACCAGGUCCUUGCCAUGAUGGACUUCAAUAGCGUUCGCAAGCGGAUGUCUGUGCUGGUCCGAAACCCAGAAGGUUCCAUCUGCCUUUACACCAAGGGCGCUGACACUGUCAUCUUGGAGCGCUUGCACAAGAAGGGUGAAAUGGAGAUGACCACAGAGGAAGUCUUGGCUGCCUUCGCAGAGCAGACCCUACGGACCCUGUGCCUAGCGUACAAGGAGAUUGAUGAAGACGACUACGAGGAAUGGGAAAGCCAGCACCAUGAGGCCACCCUCCUGCUACAGAACCGGGCCCAGGCCCUGCACCAGGUGUACGACAAAAUGGAGCAGAACCUCCAGCUGCUGGGAGUCACAGCCAUUGAGGACAAACUCCAGGACCAUGUUUCGGAAGCCAUCAGCAGUUUGAAGAGAGCGAACAUCAAAGUGUGGGUGCUCACAGGGGACAAGCGAGAGACUGCGUUAAACAUUGGGUUUGCCUGCCAGCUGCUGGAGGAGAACAUGCUCAUUCUGGAAGACAAGGAGAUAAAACGCAUUUUGGAGAUCUACUGGGAGAAUGUCAGCAAGCUGCAGACCUCCAAAGGCAACCUGAAGAUUCUGCCGCAGAUCAACAUGGCCAUGGUUAUUUCUGGGGACUUUCUGGACCAGCUGAUGUUCUCUUUGCACCAGAAGCCUCAGGCCCUGACUGAUGUGGAGGAAGUGAACGAAGUUUGGCAGGAACCACGCCAGAUGAGGAAGAACUUCCCACGGGCCAGGCGGAUAUCUCACUUAUUUCAGAAUCUAGGGACCUCGCAGGACCCACUGUCUACCAAAGUCUUGAAUACCAAUGAGAACUUCGAGAUGUGGCGGGAGCGGGCCUUCGUGGAGCUGGCCUCUAGGUGCCAAGCAGUCAUCUGCUGUCGGAUGACACCCAAGCAGAAGGCCCUGGUGGUGGGGCUGGUCAAGAAAUACCAACAAGUGGUGACUCUGGCCAUUGGGGAUGGAGCCAAUGAUGUCAACAUGAUCAAGACUGCAGACAUCGGCGUGGGGCUGAUGGGUCAGGAGGGGAUGCAGGCGGUGCAGAACAGUGACUACAUGCUGGCCCAGUUCUGUUUCCUGCAGCGAUUGCUGCUGGUUCAUGGUCGCUGGUCCUACAUGCGGGUCUCCAAGUUCUUGAGCUUCUUCUUCUACAAGACAGUGGCCUGCAUGAUGGCCCAGAUCUGGUUCUCCUUCUACAACGGCUUCACAGCUCAGCCCCUGUAUGAAGGUUGGUUCCUGUCCUUCACCAAUAUGUUCUACACCACCCUCCCGGUCCUCUAUAUGGGGCUGUUUGAGCAGGAUGUGAGUGCAGAACAGAGCCUGAGUAUGCCCCAGCUGUACAUGAUGGGCCAGAAAGAUGCACUCUUCAACUAUGGGGUCUUUUUUCAAGCCAUUUCCCAUGGCCUCGUCACAUCCAUGAUCAACUUCAUCAUAACGCUCCUGGCCAGCCAAGACAGUCCCAGUGACUACCAAUCCUUUGCAGUGCUUGUGGCCUUGUCAGGUUUGCUGUCCAUCACCAUAGAGGCCAUCCUGAUCAUCAAGUACUGGACUAUUAUCUGUGUGGCAUGUAUUCUGCUCAGCCUCGGCUCCUAUGCAGUCCUCACCAGUCUUACCCAGAGCUUCUGGCUCUACAAGAUUGCUCCAAAGACAUUCCCAUUUCUCUAUGCUGACUACAAUGCUCUGACCCAGCUCCAUGGCCUGUUGGUGAUACUGCUGAAUGUGACUUUGAACACAUUGUUUGUCCUGGCCUUCCGGGUUAUCCAGCUACUCAGACAGCUGCGCCCUAAGGAAGAAGAGGUCCCAAAGGAGGAAGUCCUGGGCGUGGAGGCCGUGCCUUAUUUACCCCGGGAGUCCCGGGCCCGGCGCUCCAGCUAUGCCUUUUCCCACCACGAGGGCUACGCCGAUCUCAUCACGCACGGCACGAUCCUGCGCAGGCCUCACGAGGCCCCCAGCGAGCCGCUGUACGCCUCCCCGAUCCCGUCCGAGGGGGAAGAGGAGGAGCCGUCCACCGGCCGCAAGAGGUCGCUCUGGCUCCCCAGGAAGACCUCCUCCUGGCUGCGGAGGAGUCGCCACCACACGGCCAAGGACCUGGCCGAGGACCGGGCUGCCUUCUCCGCCCAGAGCUCCUCCGUGACCGCGAGCACUCCGUCCGUGCUGUACUCGGAAAGCCAGGCAUCGAGACCCAGCAGGUCGCCCACCACCAUAAGCAUGCCCUCCAGGUCCUCCCAGAAGAUGUCCUCGCCGCCAGGAAGCCAGCCGUCGCUGGCGGAGGACUGGCGCUUGGUCAGCCCGUCAGAGCCGCCCUUCCAAACGUGGGAGAGCCAGCCAGACUCCUUGGAAGGGAGGUCACAGUCCUGGACACCAUUCUGGAAGAACUGGCAAAAGGAAACCCACCCCCUCGGGGAGGACGCCGAGUCCCUUCCCAGGCUGACCCACACAGCCCCACCGAAGACGCUCCCACCAAGUGUGGAUGAGGAGCCCCUGCACCGGAAGAACAUCAGGGUGCAGUUACACGUCCUUCCCGAUAGGCGACGCUGGUUGCACAAAAUGGACGCCAAGAUCGCACUUUCCUCGGAGCCGGGGUCCUCGCCUUGCACGGAGGGCAACAAAGAAAAGGAACGACCUAAGUCUGCCCUGGAACUCGAGAGAAAGCCGAGAUUAAGUAAGGGAGGUGGACGCUCGGCCGACGAGGAAACCAAGGUCGAAAGGCAGGCGUGCGCUCGCUCGCUGGGGCGCACAGCGCUAACGCAGGACUACCCGGAUUCCUGCGACCUCCGGGCCCAGAGCAUCGCCCAGGAGCGGAGAGGAGAGGGAGGCCCGGCCUAG